UCCGUACCCUCCGUCUGAUAUAAAAUUCAUUUUCCCUCCUUUUCUGUGGUUUCUUAAUUCCCGUUCUCUUCCUCGUCUUUUCUUUCUUUGCCUCGACCCACUACGCAGAUUUUCUAGGUUUUCCUUUUUCCCCUUUUCUUUUCCUGUUCCCUUCUUCUUCUCUUCUUCUUCUUCUUCUUAUUGCUUUUACGGUUCCCACUUCGUAUUCUCUCAAGAUGCGCAAAUCGCGAAGGUUUUCGUGAUCCUUUGGCCCGUGGUGGCAGGUGGGGACUUAUCCCGUCCUUGCCUUGUCAUUGCUGCGCUUUCUGCGGUGUUUGAUUUCUGAAGUUGUGGAUCUGAAGAAGUGGAGUGAUUGAGGGUUCUACAGCUCGGAGUUGCCGUUUCGGUGAUGUUUUUGUUGCCUUUUUCGGAAGCUGUGCUAGUGGAGUAGGUAAGCCUCAGGAAAUGGGAAACGGGAAAUGGUUUUGGUUUUGGGGUUCUGGAAGUUCUUUACUCUGAGGAUUCGAGGUCCUCGUUAGUUCAAUUGUGCAUGUAAUCGGUUGGGGGAUGUGAAGGCGGGGAAAUGGAUGUUUUUCUGAGAUCGAGUAGGCCUUAGUUUGGUGUAUUUGUGCUUGCAAAUGGGGAAAAAUUUAUUUUUUUGGCGGCCGAGCUUCAUGUCUCGGUGCUUGGCAGGUCGACUGCUCGAACUUGAAUGCUGAUAAUUUUGCUUUCUGUUUGCAAGAAUUUAUGGAGCAUUUGAGGGUCCCAUUCAUGGAAAUGGUGUAAAGGACCAAGAUCGAGCUGCUUCGGUAGAAUUCGUGGCUUUACAACAAAUAGAGCUGGGGGUUGGGGAGCGUGGUGAUUUGUGGUGGUUUGUUUUUUUCAGUUGGCGAGGAUUCGGUGUCCCUGAGUAAGUUGAACUUGUGUGCGACCGAAGUGGAGUUUUUUGCUUAUUCUGGAGUUUUUCAGUGGCAGUCUAGCCUGCUAGGGGAAGGCCGUUCGAAGUCCAGUGGAUGUACUAGGCAGCUGUUGAAUUUGAAAUGUAUGGAUGCUAAUGUUUUGAAGUUGUAGUCUCUUCUGUGGCUCGGCCUUGUUUAUGCGGGUCUUAUAUAUUAGGUGCGGUAAUGGUGGAGGUUUGACUUCUGCGGAUAUUGCAAAAGUAAAAAGUUUCCAUCUCCACCCAGGCAAGGGCAUAUCUUGGGUUUAAGAAAAGAAGGAUGAUCGAUCAGUUCAUCAAAUUCAUAAUUCGCCCUCCAAGGGCUGAAUAUAACCCAGAUCAAUAUUUGUGGGAGACAGAAUUCACUCUUGGAGGAAGAAAGUUCAGAAGGGAAGAUGUUGAGCUCAGAAAUGGAAGAGGUCAUACAUUAAAGUGCAGCCAUUAUGUUCCCUCACCAAUUCCAGAAAAUGUCGCUCUUCCUUGUGUGAUUUACUGUCAUGGAAACAGUGGUUGUAGAGCAGAUGCAAAUGAAGCAGCUGUAGUUUUACUUCCUUCAAAUAUCACGCUUUUUACUCUUGAUUUUUCUGGUUCCGGGCUGUCUGAUGGUCAAUAUGUUAGCCUUGGUUGGCAUGAGAAAGAUGAUCUCAAAGUUGUAGUAUCUUAUCUACGAAACAAGAAAGAUGUUUCGUGCAUAGGCUUGUGGGGUCGAUCAAUGGGUGCUGUUACGAGCCUUCUUUAUGGAGCAGAUGAUCCAUCUAUUGCCGGGAUGGUGCUGGAUAGUGCUUUUUCCAACUUAUUUGAUCUGAUGAUGGAACUAGUGGAUGUUUACAAAAUAAGGCUUCCAAAAUUCACGGUUAAGAUGGGUGUUCAAUACAUGAGGCAUGUCAUUCAAAGAAAGGCCAAGUUUGACAUCAUGAAUCUCAAUUGUGCUAAGGUUGCGCCUAAGACUUUUAUACCUGCUUUGUUUGGACAUGCUAGAGAGGAUGCACUUAUUCAACCACAUCAUUCUGACAUAAUUUUUAAUUCCUAUGCAGGAGAUAAAAAUAUCAUCAAGUUUGAGGGUGACCACAACUCUGCUCGACCACAGUUUUAUUAUGAUUCAGUCUCCAUAUUCUUUUACCAUGUUCUUCAUCCCCCCCAAAUUCCCUUACCUGAACAAAAUAAGCUUGAGAAAUAUCAUAAUUUUGGGGGUUUGAAAAUUGAUGCUGGAAUGAAAGAGAGCUUCUUGUAUGAAAUCAUUGCUGGACUGCGGAUGGUUGAGGCUGAUGCAGGCAGCUCAUCUUCUGCUCCUUUACUGGACGUUAUUCGCUCAAAAUCAAUCAGUGAGCUCUUCUCUGAUACUGGGGCUUUCGCACUUAGAGCAAAUGACGGGGGCAAUAUGGCCAUGGAAAUGGAUGGAAAUGACGGAAAUGAGGAUCUGCAGUUACAGGACAAGGAAAAUGAGCAGAGCGAAGAAUGCUGCUCUUACUCUAGUUCAAAUCACGAGAGCUGGGGGCGAUGUUCCUCUCUAGGCGGAGUGAGUGACGAGGGGCCAUCCUCUGCAGAUUGUCCGAGGAGUACCUCCAGUAGACACCAGGCUGUUUUGAAGGUACUUGCAACUCCUCUCCGCAAAUUCCAUGGCAAAUCUGAGUUGCAGCCGGUUAAACAAAAGGACUUUUCCACUUCUAAGAAGCCCAAGCGCGAUAAGUUUGAGAAAUGGGAGGCUUUUAGUCAGCGGUUGAUAUCAUGCAUAUUUAAGCGUGUGAACAUUAGAAGGCAACAAAGUCGACGGGAUUCGUGAGAAAGCAAGCAUUUUGCCAGGCCAAAGGCGGCGCUCGAUGUAUACUGGCUAGUUGUUUUAACAAUGUUUCUUUAUGUAGCAGCAAUUUGUUUGUGAUGUUUCUUACUCCAUUUCGUCUUGUAUAACAAUUCCUCAAGUGUACAAAAGUUGGUUUUUUGCUAACUCGAGUACUGAUUGUCAUGGUCCUAAUUUGUCAUCUGCCAAUUGUCAAUUUGCUAUGUACAAAAGGAUGUUUCGUCGAGUGGUAUAAAAAGGAUGUUCCUCAUUGUGGCA